AUGUCUGUCAUAACAGCAGCAACAACAGUCCAAGCAACUUAUUCAAAAAAACAAGAAGAUAAAAAACCCUUAGUAUUGAAUUUAAUUAAAGAUAUGGAAAUAGAUAAUGAUAGAGAUGUUAAAUAUGACUUUAAAAGAUUAAAAAAAAUAUUAUUGAGUGAUGAUGAAUGGUCCUUAAUUGAGGAAUUAUUAUUUAUAUUAAAAGACUUUUAUGACAUCACUAAUACAUCAAGUGGAAAUAGCUAUGCUACCUUGUCUUUAGUAUAUCCUAUAAUGUCACAUCUAAUUAAUAAAAUAAAAUUACAAUUGCAUAAUGAUGGUGAGGUUGAGAUUUUUGAUGAAUUUGUCCCCCCUCUAAACACCGAAGAAAUUAUUUUAGAUUGCUCUAGUGAAAUUGAAGAUAAUAAUACUGAAGAAGCUGCUGAAGAAAUGGAUGAGAUUUUUAUGCAAGCAGAUGAGAAUGAAGGAUUAAAAAAUAAAAUACUUAAUGCAUUAUAUAGCUCUUUAAUAAAUUAUUGGUCAGUUACUCCACAAAUAGGACUUUUGGCCUCUGCUUUGGAUCCAAGAUUUAAAUCAUUAACAUUUGCAUUACAUCGUUAUGAUGCAACAUAUAAAGUAUUAUCGGAAGAAAUUAAGUCAAUUGAAGAAAAAAGUCUAAAUUUAGAUUUGAGAAGAUCAGCUGUA